UAAUUAGCAUCAGCAAACGUCUGCUGUUGUUUAACUGCUAUUGUAUUUGAGUUUAGAUGAAAACUGAAAAGCCCUGACAGCUUUUUUUUUAAAUGCAGAAUAUUAAUUUCCCCUUUGGAUGCAUAAAGCGCAUGCUUUGUUUAUUUGCAAAUGUGAUCAUUUACUCUCACCAUUUCUUCAUUUUCCUGCUUAUUGCAAUAAAAGUCAGUGUUUAUAAAGAUGCCUUUGGCUUUGCAGGACCAGCAGCUCAAGCGUUGUGACUCUGCUCUGACUGAUGUAAGCAGGCUCUGAGAUUUGUAUGGGUCAUUCUCAUCCACCAAAGACCUCCCCCCGGCAGACCGAACAAGCGUUUUGACUCCAGCAGAGCUACAGCUGUCCUCGGCCUGCUUGUGGUCUGAGGGGACUCACAUCAAAGCUCUCCAUUCUUGGUUUUGCUUCAUUAGAACUGAGACCUGUCCAAGCUUCAGCCCAACCCUGCACAUGGAGGACUAUGACGUUCGCUCUGCUGCCAGCAUCCUGGCCUCGGUGAAGGAGCAGGAGGAGCGUUUUGAGCAGCUAACCCGAGCCCUGGAGGAGGAGCGCCGCAACGUCACCCUGCAGCUUGAGCGGGCCAAUCUGCCACCCAACCCCGCCGUCAGCCAGCCACUAGCAUGGCAACAAGUGGUGAUGCAGGAGCAGAGCCCCAGUAACGCCACAUCCCUGGCCAUGAUGCAGGAGCCGCAGGAGGUGGUGGAGGAGACGGUCACCAUAGAGGAAGACCCUGGCACCCCCACCUCCCACGUCUCUGUGGUCACCUCUGACGACGGAACCACACGGCGCACAGAGACCAAGGAUAUGUCAACCAAUGUCAAGGUGACUAAGAUGGUGAAGACGGUGACCACCAGAACGGUGCGUCAGGUUCCCCUGGGCCCAGACGGCCUACCCCUGCCUGAAGGCUCGUCGCCUCUGAGCAGCUACACCGACUCCAUCGACCGGCGAUACAUGAAGAACGGAGGCGAGCGCUUCAUCACACCCCAGGCAACCUCCACCCUGACGCGCGCCUACAACAACUCCUACAACGACUCGUACUGCGAGACGCCGGAGAGCCAGUACAUCCGUCACUACGGCCUGCACGACGGCUACGCCGACUUGACGGACAACUACGGCAGCCUGUCGCGCGGCGUCAACUUCCGGCCGCCGCGCUACCCCUACAUGCCCAACAGCUACCGCCCGGAGAACAGCUACACCCUGCCCAUCCGCAAGGACGACUACGGCCAUGUGGCGCAGCCCCAGGUGCCCAUGGGGAGCAGCACGGUGGACCUGAACCGCUCGCAGCCCGAGCGCUUCCAGCCCGAGCCGUACGGCUUGGAGGACGACCGCCGCAGCUUGGGGCCCGAGGAGGAGGAGCCGUACGAGCUGGAACCGGACUACUCCACCGCCAGCCGCCGGACCCUGCCUGGGACCAACCGCGGCCGCACUCACAGGGAACCGCUGCGUGAUGUGCACAGGGUCAGAGGGUACCCGGAUGACCCCAUUGAGGCGGAGCUGAUUGAUGAGCGCCACCCUUACAUCCACGGUAUGUAUUCAGCACCGCUUGCCCAGCCCGAGAGAGGGAGCAUGGCCAGUCUGGACCGAAUGGCUGGCCGGCGGUCCCCCUCCAUCGACAGCAUUCGCAAGGACCCACGCUGGCGGGACCCCGAUCUCCCCGAGGUCAUCGCCAUGCUGGGCCACCCCAUCGACCCGGUGAAGUCCAACGCCGCCGCCUACCUGCAGCACCUCUGCUACGAGAACGACAAGAUUAAGAAGGACGUGCGGCAGCUGAAGGGGAUUCCUGUGCUGGUGGGGCUUCUGGAUCACCCGAAGUCCGAAGUGCACCGCAAGGCCUGCGGGGCACUCCGGAACAUCUCUUACGGCAAGGACAACGAGAACAAGGUGGCCAUCAAGAACUGCGACGGUAUCCCGGCCCUUAUCCGCCUGCUGAGGAAGACCAACGACAUGGAGGUUCGAGAGCUCAUCACUGGUACUCUGUGGAAUCUGUCAUCCUAUGAGCCCCUGAAGAUGGUGAUCAUCAACCACGGGCUGCAGACCAUGACCAACGAGGUCAUAAUCCCACACUCGGGUUGGGAGCACGAACCCAACGAGGACUCGAAGCCACGCGAUGCAGAGUGGACCACCGUCUUCAAGAACACAUCCGGCUGCCUCAGAAACGUGAGCUCAGACGGGGCAGAGGCUCGGCGCAGACUGAGAGAAUGCGAUGGACUGGUUGAUGCUCUGCUGCACGCGCUGCAGUCCGCCGUAGGGAAGAAAGACAUGGACAACAAGUCUGUUGAGAACUGCGUUUGCAUUAUGAGGAACCUCUCCUAUCACGUGCACAAAGAGGUGCCGGGAGCUGAGAGAUUCCAGGACCCGUCAGCCCUGCAGGCCCCUGGAUCGGCUGGACCACAAAGGAAAAAGAAGGAUGACGCCGGCUGCUUCGGAGGAAAGAAGGCCAAAGAGGAAUGGUUUAAUCAAGGCAGAAAGAAUGGUGAAAACGACAAAAACUACGACACAUUGGAUCUACCUAAACGUACAGAGCCUUCCAAAGGCUUUGAGCUUCUGUACCAGCCCGAAGUGGUGAGGCUCUACCUGUCCCUGCUGACGGAGAGCCAGAACUACAACACCCUGGAGGCAGCUGCAGGGGCUCUGCAGAACCUCAGCGCUGGACAGUGGACCUGGUCCAACUACAUCCGAGCCACGGUGCGGAAGGAGAAAGGCCUCCCCAUCCUGGUGGAGCUGCUGCGCUCCGACUCUGACAAGGUGGUCCGAGCUGUGGCCAUUGCUCUGCGCAACCUUUCCAUCGACCGACGCAACAAGGAUCUGAUUGGCAGCUAUGCCAUGCGGGACCUUGUGAGCAACCUGCCCAGCGGUCAGCAGCGCCCAGCCAAGAACCUGGAGGAGGACACCGUGGUCGCCAUCCUCAACACAAUUCACGAGAUUGUGACGGACAGCUCCGAAAACGCCCGCUCCCUCGUCCAGGCCCAGGCCAUCGAGAAGCUGGUCGCCAUCAACAGGACCAGCCAAUCAGCUCGUGAAACAAAAGCAGCAUCCCACGUACUGCAGACGGUGUGGAGCUACAAGGAGCUGAGGAACGCUCUGACUAAGGACGGUUGGAACAAAAGCCACUUCCAGCCCGCUGUGACGGCCACCCCUAAAGCCACCAAGAACGGCAAACCAGGUUAUGACGACACCACUCUGCCGCUGAUGGAGAAGAACCAAGACGGCUACUCCACCAUUGACCAGAGGGACAAGGAGUGCAAAUACAAAGCAGAUGACGGCUCGGCGGACCUGACAGAACGGGAACCAUUAAAGAAUGACACAAAUAGGAAACACUAUAUCAGGAGUAACAGGCCUGCGGUCAGUCUGGUGGACGCUUGUGAUGUUAAGCCUCAGCCUGUUGACUCCUGGGUCUAAGUGCAUGCAUGGCUUAAAACGGCAAUAGUGCGACAUCCCCAGCUACAAGAGGAUCUCUCAUAUCACCACUGCCAUUUCACAGGAGCUCAUCUUUGGAGUGGGACUUUGUACAGAGAAGAGGAUUAAAAAAAAACACAAACAAAUAUGGCCACAACAGAGACUACCCAGCAGCAGUCAUGUUUUUUCAAAGGAAAAAAAAAAAAACGGAUUUUUAAAAAGAGUAAUGACACUUCCUACUCUGUCAUAUCUACAUUCCUCGACAUCAUGUGAAUUUUACAGUUUUGACUCUUGCUCUGAUGGCGGGAAUGCAACGAGCAGAAGAGGCGAAGUGAAGCGGCGUAGAAGGAAAAGGAAACCUGCACUGGAAGGAUACCUGCUGGAGAGGAAAUGGAGGGAAAGGAUGCUCCUUUUUUUUAAAAAUGUUCCAUUUCAUAUGUGGUUAAGGGAGUUUUUGGAGAACUCUGAGGGUUGUCUGAUUUUGGUAUGUUGUUCUGAAAAGGGUUUUGGAAGCAGAGAAAGAAGAGGGAGGAGAGAACCGAGCCUGAGGAGAGCUGUAGCAUUGUGGAGGGACGUGUAAAAGAGUCUGUCCUCCUGGACUAAAAACAAAAUCCAUCUGGGUUCACUGUGUUGUUUUUAUAAUACAAAAAAAAUAAAAUAUUAAAAAAGACGGGACUGUUUUUACAUCAGGAGUGGGAAUCGGGUUAAUCACGUUAAGUAGUUAGGAACCUGCAAGUUGGGAUCUGGAGAAAAGCAAGUGAGAUUCUGAGUGAGUUCGGCGUUUCAAUCUUCACACAACGUCACAGGAGGAAGCUCGCAUGGUUUCCGGGCCAAAAUCAGAGACUUUGUUUGUUUCUUUCAUCCCGUACGAGCCAAACAAGUUCUCUCACAGAGCUGCCAUCUCUCGUGUGAACUCUCAGGUUGUGUAGCGGUGCGGCUUCAUGAGUUUCCUGGCUGGUCGCUGUUUGUCAGUGUUGUGUAUCGAUGAGGAUUCAAGGUGUUUUGUUUAUAAGUGCUCUGUGUGUCUGAGGAGAGCAGAUUGUAAAAAAAAAAAAAAAAAAU